UUCAAUUCAUUCGAACAACUUUGGAUUAAUUUUGUAAAUGAAAAAUUACAACAAUUUUUCAAUCAUCAUAUGUUUGUAUUGGAACAAGAAGAAUAUGCACGUGAAGGUAUUCAAUGGACAUUCAUUGAUUUUGGAUUGGAUUUACAAGCAUGCAUUGAAUUAAUUGAAAAACCACUUGGUAUUUUAUCAAUGUUGGAUGAAGAAUGUAUCGUACCAAAAGCAACCGAUUUAACAUUAGCACAAAAAUUAAACGAUCAACAUUUGGGUAAACAUCCAAAUUUUGAAAAACCUAAACCACCAAAAGGUAAACAAGGUGAUGCACAUUUUGCAAUGCGACAUUAUGCUGGUACUGUACGAUAUAAUGUAAGUAAUUGGUUGGAAAAGAAUAAGGAUCCAUUAAAUGAUACGCUUGUAUCAGUAAUGAAACAUUCAACUGGUAAUGCAUUAUUAGUUGAAGUAUGGCAAGAUUAUACAACACAAGAAGAAGCUGCUGCUGCUGCUAAAGGUUUUUUUUUUUUAAUUUAA